AUGCCCGAGCCAGGCCCCCUCCUCGGCUGCUUUCCCUGUGCCAGAGAGCACUUCUGUGACUCUUCGUAUCACAGGCCCUCGGUUCUGCGCCAAAGCUUGCUUGCUUGUUUGUUUGUUUGUUUGUUUGUUUUUUGGUACAGAGACUCGAACUCAGACCCUUGCGCUUGCCAGACAGGAGCUGUGCGGCGGCGGUGUCUCCCCGGCCCCGCCACUGCUCCCAAGCCUGUGGAACUUCUCUUUCCUCUUUCUUUUGGUAAGGUUGCCACGUUUCUGAAAACGGACAAACUCGAGGGCGCGUCCCACAGAGGCUCCCAACCGGUGAGGGACGCCAAGGGCUGCGCUGCGCCUUCUUCACCGCGAGGCGAGGCCUCCAGUCCCGGCCUCGACUCCUCCGAGCAGGUCCACCGCUCUAACCCGGCCGAGACGUCGGCCGCGCUGAGCGUGCAGCCCGCGGGCCGCAGCCUGUGCGACGAGCCGCUGCGCAUCGCCGCGCGCGGCCUGGCCCCCGAGCAGCCCGUCACGCUCUACUGUGGAACAGUGAUUCAUGCCCGGGGAAGGAACCAGCAGUAUCUCCAGGGAACUCGUGAGAAACGGUCGGUGUGGCCCACUCGGGAGGAGCCCGCGACCCGACCCAUGGGGCUGCUCUGGGCCAUGCGGCCCGACCGGCCCUUCUGGCGCCUGCUCAAGCGCGACGUGCGGACGCCCUUAGCUAUGAGAAUGAACCGUCUACAACGACACAGAAACAGUCCAAGACAGAGAUUACUUGUCAUUAAAGGUCAUUCUAAAAAAUACGUCACUGACCUCAUGGACGCGCUGGACUUUGGCUGGAUCUCAUUCACGCUGGUGUCCCCACCAACCGAUUACCAAACAACGCCCCACCCGGGAGAGCGCGAGGCCGAGGGUGCGAGGGCGGUGCGGGCGGGCCGGGUGCGGGGCGCCCUCUUCCUGCCGCCAGGCAGGGGCAGCUUCCCUGGGAUCAUCGACCUGUUUGGAAGCAGUGGCGGUCUUUGUGAAUACAGAGCCAGCCUCCUAGCUGGACAUGGUUUUGCUGUGCUGGCUCUGGCUUACUUCAGAUUUGAGGACCUUCCAGAAUAUUUGGGUGAGAUCCACCUGGAGUAUUUUGAAGAAGCGGUAGACUUUAUGCUUCAACACCCAAAGGUGAAUGGUCCUAGUAUUGGGCUUCUUGGUUUCUCCAAAGGAGGUGACCUGUGUCUCUCAAUGGCAUCUUUCUUGAAAGGAAUCACAGCCACUGUACUUAUCAACACCUGUGUGGCCAACACAAUAGCUCCCCUGCAUUACAAGGGUAUGAUUAUCCCUAAUCUCCACAGUGACCUAGGGAAACAAAAAGUCACCGAGUCAGGUCUUUUGCAUAUUGUGGAUAUUUGGAACAACCCACUGGAGGAACCCAACUGCCAGAGUCUUAUUCCAUUGGAAAAGGCCCAGGGACCCUUCCUGUUUAUUGUUGGCAUGGAUGAUCAUAACUGGAACAGUGCAUUCUAUGCUAAUAUAGCCUCUGAAAGGCUACAAGCCCAUGGGAAAGACAAGCCCCAGAUAAUCUACUAUCCAAAAACUGGUCAUUGUAUUGACCCACCUUAUUUUCCACCUUCCAGAGCAUCCGUUCAUGCACUAUUGGGUGAAGCAGUGUGCUAUGGAGGUGAGCCAAGGGCUCAAUCAAGGGCGCAGGUGGAUGCCUGGCAGCAAAUUCAAACUUUUUUCCAGAAACAUCUCAAUGGUAAAAAAUCUGUCAGGCACAGCAAAAUAUAACAUUGCAAUUGUAGGCCAAAUGCCAUUCAUAAAAAUCCUAACAAUACAACUUCUUGUGGGUGUCCCAGAGCACCAAGGAAACUUUGUAUAAUAAAGCAAGCAGCUCAGGUUCCUUCUCAAGUCCUGCUGGACUUUAGCCCUUUGCAACCCUUCCUUCUUCCCUGCCAGGUCCACCCUUAGCGCUCCUGAACAUUACCAAGGUAUAGACUUAACCCUGAUCUCAUCUGUAGCAACAGUCUUAACCUAAGCAAAAGAAAUGUAAAAACUGCUUGGCCAGCUCUCAGGUGAUGGCCUAGCUUCAUCUUUGUGUGCUAAUUCGGAAGCCUAAAGCUUCUGUAUUGUUCUGAAGUCCCAUAUUCUCUUUGAGCCCUAACUGAUCUUGAUCUUGCCUUGGAAACCUGCCCAGUAGAGCCCCUUAAGGAAUGGAUUCUCUCUCUCUCUCUCUCUCUCUCUCUCUCUCCCUCUGUCUCUGU